CGGUGGCUGCGGGUCGCUGGCUCCGGCCUGGCCCAGCGCCGACCUUGGGCGCUCGGGGUGGCCGAGGUCCCGCCGGACCAGACCCCCCCCCCCGUGGGGUGUUCCCGGGGAAGGAGGAGCCCGGGACCCCGGAAGCGAUGCCGGGGGUGAGGGGACGAGGGCUGGGGACCGAGGUGAAGGCGGCGGGGCGCCCGGGUAGCCGCCACCCUCGUCCCUCUAACGGCCUCUGCCUUCCCGACGCCGACGCAGAACGCUGGUAGCGGCCGAGCAGUUCGGUGAGGUGGCGGGGCGCCGACUCCCCAGCCAUGCUGCUGAGGACAGUGCUCCUGCUGGCCCUGCUGGCCCAAGUGCUGAUGCUGGAGAAUGGCCUCCUGCGGACUCCACCCAUGGGCUGGCUGGCCUGGGAACGCUUCCGAUGCAACAUUGACUGUGAUGAGGACCCAAAUAACUGCAUUAGUGAGAAGCUCUUCAUGGAGAUGGCUGACCGGCUGGCCCAGGAUGGAUGGCGGGACCUGGGCUACGUCUACCUGAACAUUGAUGACUGCUGGAUUGGUGGGCGCGAUGUCAAAGGCUUCCUGGUGCCCGAUUCCACGCGCUUCCCCCAUGGCAUUGGCUUCCUGUCUGACUAUGCUCAUUCCCUGGGUCUGAAGCUGGGCAUCUAUGCGGACAUAGGCAACCUUACCUGCAUGGGCUACCCUGGCACCACACUAGACAAGAUAGAGCAGGAUGCUCAAACCUUCGCCGACUGGAAGGUAGACAUGUUGAAGCUGGAUGGCUGCUUCUCCACCUCCCAGGUCCGGGCCGAGGGGUACCCCAAGAUGGCUGCCGCCCUGAAUGCCACGGGCCGCCCCAUUGCCUUCUCCUGCAGCUGGCCAGCCUACGAAGGGGGCCUCCCCCCGAAGGUCAACUACGAGCUGCUAACCGACACCUGCAACUUCUGGCGCAACUAUGACGACAUCCAGGACUCAUGGAGGAGCGUGCUUUCCAUCCUGGACUGGUUCGUGAGCCACCAGAACAUUCUGCAGCCAGUGGCCGGCCCUGGACACUGGAAUGACCCCGACAUGCUGCUCAUUGGAAACUUUGGUCUCAGCUUUGAGCAAGCCCAAGCCCAGAUGGCUCUGUGGACCAUUCUGGCAGCCCCCCUCUUCAUGUCCACUGACCUGCGGACCAUCUCCCCUCAGAACAUGGACAUUCUGCAGAACCCACUUAUGAUCAAGAUCAACCAGGACCCCUUAGGCAUCCAGGGGCGCAGGAUUGUCAAGGAGAAAUCUGACAUUGAAGUGUACAAGCGGCCCCUGUCCCGGCAAGCUACUGCCUUGGUCUUCUUCAGCCGCAGGACAGACAUGCCUUACCACUACCGCUCCACGCUCGCGCACUUCAACUAUCCCAGCUCCAGGCUGUACGAGGCCCAGAAUGUGUUCACAGGGGACACCAUCAGCGGCCUGCAGAGUGACACCAACUUCACAGUGACCAUCAACCCCUCGGGGGUGGUGAUGUGGUACCUGUACCCCACCGAGCGCCUGGAGCUACCCAAGCACAUGUCCCAGGAGUGAAGAGCUGAGACAUACGGCAGGCUGUGGCGGCCCCACUGAGCCUGGACGCGGCGCGCCGGCAUGCCGGGAGCAAGUAGGCGGGGUUCUCUCCUCCCCGGGCCUGCGCCGAGACCUGACCUCAUCAUCCCCCAAGUGCAAGGCAGGGCCGGCUCCCAGGCCCCGCCUGAGUGUGCAUUCUCUUGGAAGCUUUGCGUGGGGCCUUCUUGGCCUCUCCUGGUCUCCACAGCUCUGCAGAAGUUGCUGCACGCCCUGGCCGGCCUCCCGCGCCCCACGGGUGGAGGGGCACUGAUGCCCACCAGACUCCAGCCUCCGACUUCAUGGAUGACUCUGAAAUCAGGAUUUGGAAUUUUUCUAAUCAGGCAUAGAGAUUUGAGCCCUGGCCGGGAACUCUCAGGAAUCGUGUGAUUGGCGUUCCUCCCUGGAGAAGGCCUCCCAGGCUGAUACCUCCUGGGAGUGGGGGUCAGAAGGGAGGUGCCGCUCCCUUGAUCACCAAUAAAGCUGUUCUUCAGUCAAA